AUUUAACGUCUCUCUGUUCUGCUCUGUUCUCUGCUAUCUGUGUCCACCAACGGUUCAGAACAAUAGGAGAGUCUUGAUCUUUGUAUAUAUUCUCGCGCUGUAGGAUUUCUUCAAAGUAUAUUUUUAUAAAUUGUAAAAUUCUGAGAAAUUGUAUUAAAAAUGUGUGACGAUACCAUUUGCGUUGCUCUACGCAUCCGUCCAUUAGUGGAAAGCGAAAUUGAGAAGGGAUGUCAAAUGUGCUUGAAUGUUGUUCCUGGAGAACCACAAAUUCACAUAUGUAAUACUGAUAAGGCAUUUACAUAUAAUUAUGUUUUUCCUCCUGAUGUUGGACAGGAAGAUUUUUAUAAUAUAGCUGUUAAACGAUUGAUAGAUAAUAUUUUUCAAGGCUAUAAUGUAACAAUAUUGGCAUAUGGACAAACUGGAAGUGGUAAAACUCAUUCUAUGGGCACCAACUAUGUAGGAAUGGGAGAGAAGGGUAUAAUACCAAGAGUUACCCAUGACAUAUUUGAAAGAAUUAAAUCGAAGGAAGACUGGAGUUUUAAAGUAGCUGUGUCGUUCAUGGAACUAUAUCAAGAACAACUGUAUGAUCUGUUAUCUGAUAAGCAGAGAAGCCAGUCCAUUGUAGAUAUCAGAGAAGAUGGAAAAAGUAUAAAAAUCGUUGGCAUUACUGAAAAAGAAGUUGUAAAUGCUCAAGAGACACUAAAAUGUUUGACUCAGGGUGCUAUGGGUCGUGUAACUGGCGCGACUGCCAUGAAUGCACAUAGUAGUCGUAGUCAUGCAAUAUUUACAAUAUGCAUACAUCAACAAAAGAAAAAUGAUCCAAAUACUGCAACAGUUGCAAAAUUUCACCUAGUCGAUUUAGCGGGCUCGGAACGUAGUAAAAAGACUCAAGCCACGGGAGAACGAUUUAAGGAAGGUGUGAAUAUAAAUAAGGGAUUGUUAGCUUUGGGCAAUGUAAUUUCCCAACUCGGUGAUGGUGCUCCUGGAACAUACAUUGGAUAUAGAGACAGUAAACUAACAAGAUUAUUACAGGAUUCUCUAGGUGGUAAUUCCAUGACUCUUAUGAUUGCCUGUGUCAGUCCUGCUGAUUAUAACUUGAAUGAAACUCUUAGCACAUUGAGAUAUGCGGAUCGCGCACGUAAGAUAAAAAAUAAGCCGAUCGUAAAUCAAGAUUCGAAGAUAGCUGAGAUAAAUCGAUUGAACAAAAUAGUUCAGGAUUUGCGACUAGCUCUUAUAAAUCAAGAACUCGGCAUAACGUGUCCUAAGGAACAUGAAGAACUCGAAGAAAAAUAUAGUACAUUGCAGCAAAAAUUUAGAGAUAUGACAGAGAAACUAAAUUUGAAUUUAGGAGAAAUCGUUGUCAUGCAUGAACGAGCGGAGAUGGCUGAACAAGCCCGAGAAAAGAUCAGAUCCUCCAUGGCAACAUUAUUGGAUGAAUUUAAUCAAAUUUUACAAGAUCUUAAUGAUUGUCCUGAAAUUAACAACGAAAGAUAUAAUAUAUUAAAAGCAAUAUAUGAAAAAAUGUUAGAUAUCCAAAAUGAUGAAAGAAAAGCAUCUGAAGAACUUAUUAAUCAUGAAAUAUCUAAUUCUAAAAACUGUGUGAUGCAUAUGGAAGAAAGUGCAGAAUGUACAGAGCAGAUAGAAGAAUUGAAUAAUAUUGAAGACAGUUUAGAUUAUUUUGAUAAGAAAGAGGAAGAACAUACGUUGCGGCAAGCGGAACGAAAUAACGAAGUUCAAAAUAUUAAUAAGGAGCUAGCGCUGAAAGAAAGUCUUGUAUCUGAACUUUUGAAGAAUGCUACACAGCAAGCAGCAGAGAGCCGAAAGAAUGUUGCGGAAAUGGAACAAGAACUUAAACGGCUACAUGUGGAAAAAGAAGAACAGUUACAAGCAGUACAUGCGCACAAUGUCAGUUCUAAAUUAGCUGAAACACGUCGUAAAAAAGUGCAAGAAUUAGAAAAAAAAAUAACGGAACUAACGCGUAAGUGCAUGGAACAAAACAAAAUAAUCAAGAUAAAGGAAAAACAGGAUCAUAGGGUCAAAACUCUUUCCAAUGAGAUACAAUCGCUAAAAGAGACUCGAGUUAAGCUUAUCAGGCAAAUGCGUAUUGAUGCGAAUAAUUUUACAAAGUGGAAGCAAUCUAAAGAAAAGGAAAUUAAUAGACUGAAAGCUCAAGAUCGUAAGCGUGCUUGUGAAAUGGUACGCAUGAAAAUGCAACAUAAUAAACAGGAGAAUGUCUUCAAGAGAAAAAUGGAAGAAGCUUUUGCAGUUAACAAAAGAUUAAAGGGUGCAUUGGAGAUGCAGAAAAAAGCGAUGCAGCGACAAGAAAAGAAAGCCAACAGCAAAGAUGACGUAAAAACAUGGAUAGCUCAGGAAUUCGAAGUGUUGAUGGCCACCAUAGAAGCGAACUAUUCUCUUGAGAGACUGAUGCAAGAUAGAGCUUCCUUGGUGCAUCAAUUAGAGCAAUUUAAAAAAAAUGACGAUUCGAACGAAGAGGAACUUGCAACUGUCACCGAAUUCAUAGAGCUGCGUAACGCACAAAUUGCAGAUUUGCAACAAAAAAUCCUCGAAUCAGAUCAAGGUAAGAUACCUGAGAUUGAAAAAUAUCAGAAUUUGGAAACACGAUUAGAAAAGUAUAAGAAACUGGAAGAAGAAAGCAAAAUCUCUUCACAAAGUACAUCUGACGCGUCUUCCAGUGAUGUCGAAGGUUCGACAAAACAGAUUUUGACCGAGAAUAAUUCUAGCAAUGAAAACAAGAGAUCAUGGUCCAAGAAAGAAAGAACAGUACCAAUAGAAAUCGAUGAUAGUUUAACGAUAGAAGACGAUGUUAACAAAGAUCCCGAUUGGAGGAGCACGCCGCUUUAUAAUCGCAUACAAAAGUUACAGAAUAAAUCCAAGCUCUCAGUUCAACGAUUGACUUUUAAAAUAGAGUCCAAUGACAUAAAGUGUGCAUGUAAAACAAAAUGUUCCACACGGGUAUGUACGUGCCGCAAAAACAACGUUACUUGCAACAAUUGUAACUGUAAUCCAGAGCAGUGUCAAAAUAAAGAUAAAGAAAACUUGCGUACUACAUUGUUUUCGGAUAUCAUGGAAAACGAAUCAACAUGCGAUAGAUCAUGGUCCAAGAAAGAAAGAACAGUACCAAUAGAAAUCGAUGAUAGUUUAACGAUAGAAGACGAUGUUAACAAAGAUCCCGAUUGGAGGAGCACGCCGCUUUAUAAUCGCAUACAAAAGUUACAGAAUAAAUCCAAGCUCUCAGUUCAACGAUUGACUUUUAAAAUAGAGUCCAAUGACAUAAAGUGUGCAUGUAAAACAAAAUGUUCCACACGGGUAUGUACGUGCCGCAAAAACAACGUUACUUGCAACAAUUGUAACUGUAAUCCAGAGCAGUGUCAAAAUAAAGAUAAAGAAAACUUGCGUACUACAUUGUUUUCGGAUAUCAUGGAAAACGAAUCAACAUGCGAUUAGAAAAAAGAAUAAUAAUUAUUUCUUUUUAUAAUCGUGAGAAGUAUAUGUACAUUUAUCUAAUGGAGAGUGUGUUUAAUUUAAAUAUUGUAUAUAAUUUCUCAUAUUAUGGACACAUUAAUUUUAUUUUCCAUAAUUUUUUCUUGUUCUAUUUGUAUGCUUGUCCGUUGGUUUCUCAUAGUUUUUACACUUUUAUAUUAAAUGCUUCAGGUUUUGUAAUUGUCUAGAGAUGAAUAUAUCUCUUGUAUUUUAUAUUGUGAUAAUUAAUCAAUUAUAAAUAGUGACACUACAUAUAUCAAUAUUUCACAGUUCAAUAAUUGUAAAUAUGAUAAUGACAUAAUACAGAGACUGACAAUAGUGAAAAA